CAGUUGUAUUUCCGCAUGUCGGUGGCGCUAAUUUUCAAUACAGCUAUCCAGCUAGCAGCUAAUGUAGCUAGCCCUUGACUAUGAAACAGCUACACAAUUUGACCAAAAUAUGGUGAAUCAUGACUACACGACAGAAAUGCCCAACACCAAAGAAUUUUUGUUCAACACCACUGACUGCCAAUCCUCUUAAAUCUAGAUUGUCACAAAAAUCGACUGCUAAGAGGUUUACACCAUAUGGAAAAACUCCACAGAGUCGGAGAAUAGCUAAAGCAUUCCCUUCUACUCAAGGCAGAAGAAAAGUAGUUCGCACCAAGUCAAAAGGCCUUUCUAACAGCAACACAGAAUCUGAGGAAUUGAAAGGAUUCACCAACAAAACAUGGAAAGUUUUCAAGUUAUCUCCUCUCUACAAGUUUAGUAGCUCCCCUAGAGAUCUUAAACGCUAUGGUCAGCUCUUAUCCUCCAGUGUAGCAAUGGCCAACCAGAAAGGAAUAAUUGAAGAGAACAAUGCCUCUGGGAAAGCAUUUUUUUGUGUCCAACAGGGUGUGAAGAAGUCUCAGAAUGAUCCUGAUGCUAUACAGAUUUUGAUAAAAGGAAGAAAACAUGCAGGUACCACUGAUACGGUUCUACUGACCGCUACACUGUGUGGGGUGGAGAUGGAGGAAAACCUGCUGAGCCAUGACAUGGAGAACUUUACAUACUACCCUGUACUUCUUGUGAAAGCCACUGUAGUCUUAGCAGAUGUUCUUAUCACUUGGCUUCAGAGACAUUUUGAUUGUAAAGUUUCCCCACUGGUUUUUCCACCUGUUGAUCUUGUCUGGAUGAUUGCCAUGUGGAGUGGAGCUCUGGCAGAUACAGGUCACAAAAACAAACCUGUAGAAUUGAUUUACUUGGUUCCAAGUGAAUGUGAAGGAAUAAAAAAAGUCACAUAUACCAUUCAAGCAGAAGAUUGUCUGAAAGUAUGGAACAGCAUUCAUGACAGCAAAGCAGAGAUGUUUACAGAAGAAGAAAUGACGACUUUUAUUUCUUGUUUGGAGGAGCACUUUUACUGCCUUUUCAGAAUAAAGCUAGAUGCAAUGCAGCUGUCCUGUGUUGGAACCUCCCUGUGUUACAUCGGUAGAGACAGUUUACUCAAGAUGACUUGACGUUGGGCCAGUAAGGGGCAUGUAUUGUUAUGCAAUACUUACAGAAUUCUUGUUCAUACAGGCAUGGAUAUCAAGUACGAGAAGGGUAAAUUGUGAAAUUAAAAUUCAAGGAUCAUCAUGUAAUUUAUGAAUUCAAAAUUUUUGAAAUCAUGACCUAUCAUCCUUCAUUAUGUCCCUGAGAUUAAGAAUGAGGGUACCAGUAUAUUGUUUUUGAUCUAGCUGUCUGUCACUAAAACCUUUGUCAUAACUUUUGAACUAUACAAGAUAGAAAAACUUCGUACUUGGUGAACUGAAGUCAAGGGAAGAGCUAAGUGAAGUCAUUCAUGAAUAGCAAUGUCAACGAAAAUGGCACACUUGAGGACAUCAUGUUUCAUAAACUCAUCUGUUUUAGAGUUUAUCUAUUGGUACAUUUGAAGGGAGUGAUAAAUUUUAUCGUCUGACAGGAGGUGGUUGGUCAUAUGAUAUGCAAGUUUUAAGAAGCUGUGCGUUUGUGUGGGAUUACUAUUGUUAUUACAUGUAUAUUGAAAAAUAAUAGAAACAAAAUUUUUUUAUAAGUAUUUUUAAUAGUGUUGAUGAUUCUUAACAAAAAUGCAUUUAUUGUUUUUUGGUUUUUGACAGUUUAAAGCAUUGUUUGAUCCAAUCCUGAUCAAAUAGAGUUGUUUCAAUGUCGUCCGAUAUUACAUUGUAUUAAAGUGUUUGGCAUCAUCAAAAACAAGGACAGGUUCAAAUAAAUCAUAAUACACUUUCUGUAUUUUCACAGAUAUUUAUUUUCAAUUUUCAUGAAAUUACGUAUGUUAACCUUUUCUUAGGUAGCCAUUUCACAAAGAACGUGUUUAAUUCAAUUUUCUUGAGACACAAAAUAUUACAAGAUAGCGCUUUCAGCAAACAUGCAGACGUUGUGUUUUAAAUUAGGCCGAUGGAUAUUCAAAUCUUCACAAGGACAGUAGGGUCAUAUUGAUUUUUAAGCAUCCUUGGGUUGUGUAGAUUCAAGUUGUUCAAAUGAUAGCCCCAGAGUAAGGGUGAGGAACAAAGUUUUAUAUUUGAACACAUUAGGAAAAAAAUCUUCAAAAAUCUUUUUCUCUAGAGCAACAGUGUCAUGAUUAGUCAUAUUAAUUCGCAAAGCAUUCAUGGACAGUACUAACUGCAGAACUGUAGCUCUCUGAAAAAAUAUUUUGACAUAACUGUUCUGCAUCUAGGGCAGUACAUACUAACAUGGCCCUAGAGUGUAGGGUGGGGGAUCAAAGUUUUACAUAGUAAUACAUGGUGGAAAAUCAUCUUCUCAAGAGCAGCAGGGCCAUGAUUAGUCAUUAAUAUGCAGUUAGUGCAGAUUCCAACCUGGAGCACAAUAGGGAAUCAAAUCUUUUCAUAGCAACAUACAAGGAAAUUAAUCUGCAUCAUUGAUACUUGUGCAUAAUUAACGUUUUGUAUGAUCAGUGAAAUUAAACAAAUUAUUUGCAACCGUUCUUUGAUGCUUGUGUCAAUAUGUUUCUUGUUUAUGAACUUUUAUGCUCAAAUUUUGAUUUCAGAUUUACUCGGCGGAGCAUGUGCCCUGUAUUUUACGACAUCUGACAGAGUUGUCUGUGGAACAUUUCACACUUGUGUAACCUGUUGAUGAUUUAAAAGAAAAUACUAAGUAGUGUGCAAUAUUUUUUGUAUUUAAAACAUGUACUAAAAUUCAAAUCUUUUGCUGAGUUAAUGCUUAAAAAUGUUUGCUCCUAAGGUUUGUGCAACCUGUGAAGGUCUUAUAAAUUUUAUGUGUGUAUGAAUAUAUAAUAUUAGUAAGAACUAUAUUUUGAAGCAGAUUUAUAUUUUAGAAAAACUAUUUUAAAGUUACAGUACAAUUUUGAUUUUCAUGUUGUGUUUUAUUUGAUUUCUUUUUCAUCACAAAAUAUAAACUUCUAAGAUUGAUAUCAGAAGCAUUAACUGAUAAUGGAAAUAACGUAUACUUUGAAGAAGGCUUAGUAUUGCAGGGUAGAUACGAGGGCUGUCCAACAAGUUCAUGGACACAUGCUGUAACGACUGAGGCAAUUGUGUGAAAUAAUAUUUUGAUAUCGACCAUGAUCAUAUAAAUAUACAAAAAUCAGAGUGAUAAAACAAUAGUUUAAGUGUGCUAUCAGCAUAAAUACUUGUAUAUACAAGCUGCACACAUUUUAGAAAAGUCUAGGUAAGCUUCACGUAAAAUUUCACCAAUUUCAGUAUGUAUCUCCAAUUUUUUAAUUUAUUUAUCAUUUCAUGAGUUUUCAAAAAAGGUUUAAGACUCGAGAAAUUUGUAUAGACAGAAAUUUGAUGGCUAAAAUUUAUCAAGAAUUUAAAUGCAAACUGAUACAAAAGGAGAUAUGAGAAUUUUGAUAAGUUGGUCUAUUUUACUAUAUUUUAUGAUGCAUAGAUUGUGGCAAGUGUAUUUUUAAAACAGUUAAUUCCAAUGCCAUUUAGGUCAUUUGUAAGCACACACCCCCCCUUUUCUCUAAUUUUAUAAAUCGUCAGAUAUGUUGAUCAGAGAAAUAUGCUUUUCAACAUUUUCUUUUAAGACUUUCAUACUUAGGAGUGAUCAUCCUCAAAUUGUCAGUCUGUAUUUCGUUUAUUGAUUUUAUGAAUAAGUUGGGUUGUUUUUUUUUUUUGUAAAAGAAACUACAGUCUAUAUUAAGCAUUUAGAAUGUGAUCAGUUUAUGUUAUCUACCUAAGCUGCAGAAUAGGGUUUUAAGAAUCAAAUUUUAUGAUAGUUUUGUUUUCAAAAAUGUAUUUUUUCAAAUUUUACAAUAGUUAAAAUUUUAUUGGGGAUUUUUCACAAAUUUAGGUACACUUAAUAUAUGAAUUUGCAACUUGUAGGUGUUGGGUCAUAGUUGGGAUUCAAUUUACUUCUUUGUAUUUUUAAAAUUCUGGGUCAAUUGUAUUGUCAUUUUUUUAUCUUUUAAAAUGUGUAGUUUCAUCUGCAGUUGUAUUUUUGCUUAUUUGCUGAAUAAAGCAUACUCUUUGUUCCA